AUGGCAAGCAACUCUUUAUCUAAAAAUGUGAAAGGAAUAACCUUCAAUCUCGAGAAUGAGAAUGUAAGGAUUGUUGUCUUUGGUAGUGAUAUUGCUAUUAAAGAAAGAGAUCUUGUCAAGUGCACUGGAUCUAUUAUGGAUGUUCCUAUGGGAAAGGCUAUGCUAGGGCAUGUGGUCAACACCUUGGGAGUACCUAUUGAUGGAAGAGGGGCUCUAAGCAAUUACGAACAAAGACGUGUCUAAGUGAAAACCCUUGGGAUUAUUGAACUUAAAUCUAUGCACGAGCCUAUGCAAACAAGGUUAAAAGCAGUAGAUAACUUGGUUCCUAUAGGUCGUGGUCAAUGAGGACGUAUAAUUGGGGACCGACAAACUGGAAAUAUAGCUAUUGCUAUUGAUGCCAUAUUAAACCAAAAGCAAACCUCAAGGGCCAUCUCUGAGAGUGAGACAUUGUAAUGUGUCUAUGUAGCGAUUAGAUAGAAAUGCUUAAUUGUGAGUCAAAUUCUUUCAGAAGCGAAUGCUUUGGAAUAUUGCAUUCUUGUAGUAGCCACCGCUUCAGAUCCUGCUCCUCUACAAUUUCUGGCCCCAUAUUCUGGGUGUGCAAUGCGGGAAUAUUUCCAUGAUAGUGGAAUGCAUGCAUUAAUAAUCUAUGAUGAUCAUAGUAAACAAGUAGUGGCAUAUCGACAAAUUUCAUUAUUGUUAUGCCGACCAUCAGGCCGUGAGGCUUUCGCAAAUGAUGUUUUCUAUUUACAUCUGUCUCAUCUCUUGGAAAGAGCCUCUAAACGAUCAGGCCAGCCAGGUGUAGGUAGCUUGACCGUCCUACCCGUCAUUGAAAUAAAAACUAGAGAUGUAUUGGCCUAUGUUCACACUAUUGCAAUCUCUAUUAACUUGAGCAAAGGCGGCCACUUCACAAUAUUUUUCCAAUUCCAAUUUUUAACUACAACAAACUUGUUUCAUAGCUUUCAAUAA